AUGGCGAUAAAGACGAUAAAUAAGGAACACAUGAAGUGCAAAGAGGAUGUGGAGGACGUGCGGACAGAGGUGAUCAUUCUGGGCCUGCUGCGCGAUCAUCCAUGCAUCAUCAACCUGCAUGAUGCUUUUGAGGAUGACAAGCGUGUUCUGGGGCUGCUGCGCGACCACCCAUGCAUCGUCAACCUGCAUGAUGCCUUUGAGGACGACAAGUACGUCCACCUGAUCAUGGAACUCUGCGAGGGGGGAGACCUAUUCGACCGCAUCAAGCAGCGGGGACAGUUCCCCGAGAGGGAUGCCGCCCUGCUGUGCCGCUCCCUGGCGGAGGCGCUGCUGCAGUGCGGGCGGAAAGGCGUGCUGCACCGCGACGUGAAGCCCGAGAACAUUCUGCUACGGUCCAAGGAAUGCCACACGCGCAUCAAGCUGAUUGACUUCGGUGUUGCUGCCCUGCACACGCCAGGUACCUUGAGAAUGGACCGAGCAGGGACAGUGGAGUACACAGCACCAGAGGUGCUGGACCGAGCCUACGGGCCCGAAGCAGACAUCUGGAGCGCCGGCGUGGUACUGUACAUUCUGCUCUGCGGUUUCCCGCCUUUUUGGGCGGCCACUAACGCUGACCUGGAGCGCAAGAUCCGGACGGCGCAUGUGGAUUUCCGGCACCCGAGGUGGGCGGCGAUCUCGGAUGGCGCCAAGGAUUUGAUUCUGAGGAUGCUGGAGAAGGACCCGACGAAGAGAAUAACUGCGCUGGAGAUUUUCGCCCAUCCCUGGAUCAGAGCAGCAGAAAGCAGCUGA